UUCUUCUCUGGAGGUCUGUGUUGAGGGUCCAUACACCAGCACAGUAGGACAAACAACAGCCACAACAACCAAUGACCGCAUGAGUCUAACUAUUGUGCUACCAGCGGUCAGCGGUCAAAGCCAGCGUAUGCUCAUAGCAGGGGUCAAAUUAAGGGUUCGCACAUAGCCAGGGGAUCAAAUUAAGGGUUUGAUAUUGCACAACUUGCGCACUAAAUGAAUGUAUUACCCGCACCGCACUACACCGUGAUUAGAUAACCAUAAAGGACGCGAUAAAUGGAAGACGGAAAUGUUUGAGACUAAAUUAACAAGAGCUGUUAUCAUUUUGUCGAGUUUUCUAGCCUUAUAUACUGCUACAUCAGAGGCGGGCCGCAGUGAAAUCCUACAGAGGCUGAAAGACAAAUCCUGGCCUUGGUUUGGGGACAGUUAUCAACGGGACUGUCCUGAUUCAACUCAAAAUCCCACUCGAUGUUUUAACAUCAGGCCACAAGCAGAGUCUGUGUUAGAACGAGCAGGACUACCCAGCAACAUCACCCUCACCACAGACCUGGACGUUGUGUUUUCUAGCCCCAAAGAAAAAGUGGACGUAUGUGGCAAAUCACAAGAGAUGGACGCUGUGAAAGCCUUCAGGCUAAAUGAGAAUGGUCAAGAGGUCAAAUCUCAACUUGAGCUUGGGUCUCAAAUCUAUCGACGACCGCCAAGAGUAAAUUGGAGUCCAAAUUUUAAUAAAACCGACACAUUUACUCUAAUUAUUUACGACGUGGGUCUGCUUAAAGUUAGAGCAUUUUGGAGUUCAAUCAAGCAAAAGAAUGGAACUUUUCAAGGAAAGACGUCCGCUUUUUAUCAGCCCCCCGCCAACCCGUCACCAAUCGUCAACCCGAUAUUGAUUAUCCUAUUAAAAAAAGACAUCUAUGAUUAUUGGCACCAGUAUAGAAAAAGGCCGACAAAAGAAACAGCCAUUGCGGUCCGAGAGAAAAUGAUGACUAUGUUCGGAGACGGCGCAGACGUGGUAGGCCUCCAGGUGUUUUACACUGACGGAUCUUCUAUGUUUGAAAAGUAUAUGGCUUGUACCGAGGGGUACAUCUGUGACAAGACUUGUACACAGAAGUUUCGAGAAUAUGCUGACAACGAAAAGAUAAAAAAUCAAUUUGUUAAUCUUGACUUGAGUGGAAUUGACAUGUACGUAAAUAUGUAUUUCUACGCCUUCUUUGCUGGUGCUUUUGAAAUCGAUUGCUGCCAUGGUAUAAAUCGUAACUCGAGACCCGGGAGUCAUCGGGGAAUACCAGGCGAUGAUUUUAAAGUGGAUAGCUAUGAAAGAUUAUGUGAGUGGAAAUGUCAUGGCAACAGGGAGAUCGAGAUAUCAAGCACUGAGUUGAACAUUUACGGCGACAACAACCUCUACACAUUUUUCGGUGUAGUCACUAACAACAUGGGAGAUUAUCGUGUACAAACGAUUUAUAAGCUGCUCAACGUGAGACUUACUGCUGGGUACUUGCUCCUGCGACACCUUUCAAGAAAGUUGUCUUUUGCUGUGUGCAGUCCAUAUGUGGACCUUCAAGGAAACGCCACAUUGUUGGGUGACUUCAUUGGAGGAGAGACUGAAGACUACAUAGAUCCAAGAAUUGAGGGCAACGAUGAUUUCAUCUUGAUGGGUAACAGCACGAAGCGGCUGUUUUUCUUGCUGUUCUCAUCGGUCGACCAGCAAAAUGGUGAACCUUCGUCUGACAGGUAG